AGCCAUUUGUGGCCCCCGCUCGCCCGAGCUGGGCCCUGUCUGGCCGCGCGCAGCCGUCCUCCUCUUCCCAUCGAGGAGGAGGAGGGGGAGAGGAGGCGGGGGAGGGGGAGGAUCCCUCCUUCCCCCGGACUUCUCGCGCCCUCGACCUCCACCGGCCGCCCGACUAGAAAGCGCUGCGCCGCUACUCUCGCGACAUGGUCGCCGCCGGCGCGCGCCACACGGUGCUGCUCCGCAGCGACGGCACGGCCGUGGCCUGCGGCCGCAGCGACGAGGGGCAGUGCGUCCUCCCGGGGCUGGCCGCGGGCCGUGCCUACACCCAGGCCUCCGCGGGGGAGUUCCACACCGUCCUGCUCCGGAGCGACGGCGCGGCGGUGGCGUGCGGCCUCAACGGCGCCGGGCAGUGCGACCUCCCCGCGGCGGGCGCGGGCGCGACGUACGCGUGGGUCGCCGCGGGAGCCCGCCACACGGUCCUCCUCGGCUGCGACGGCGCGGCCCUGGCCCGCGGCAGCAACCACGCGGGGCAGUGCAACAUCCCGGCGCUGGCCGCGGGCCUUACCUACACCCAGGCCGCCGCGGGGCAGGACCACACCGUCCUGCUCCGCAGCGACGGCAGGGCCGUGGCCUGCGGCCUCCACGGCGAGGGGCAGUGCGACCUGCCGCCGCUCGGCGCCGAGCUGGCCUACGCGGGCGUGGCCGCGGGGGCUCGCCACACGGUGCUGCUGAGAAGCGACGGCACGGCGGUGGUCUGUGGCCGCAAUCGCGAGGGCCAACGUGACCUUCCAGCGCUGCCAGCAGGGCAGACGUACGUGAGGGUCGCCGCGGGGGCCUUCCACACCGUCUUGCUCAGGAGCGACGGUGUGGCAGUGGCGUGCGGCCGCAACGAAGAAGGGCAGUGCGAUCUUCCCGACCUGGCUCGGGGGCUGGAGUACACGCGGGUUGCUGCAGGAGCCUUUCACACGGUCCUGCUCAGAAGCGACGGCAAUGUGGCAGCCUGCGGGCGGAAUGGCGAGGGGCAGUGCGACAUUCCCGCGUUGGCCGUGGGGCUGACGUACGCUGCGCACAGUUUGCCGACGCUGGUUCUGCAGGCGCUCUUUCAUUGCGAUUCGCUGCAUUUGAUGACCUUGUUUGGAGAUGAGUUCUGCCGAAUCAGUGCAGCACCCAACGAUUGCCUUUCGAAUCUAUACAACCAGGUGAUGUCCCACCAUCUGAUUGGAGAGUUAGGGGUGCGAUUCUCAAAAGUCGAGGUCGUCCUGCCUGGAGGCGAACUGUUGAGCAAUGUUUCGGCCGACGAGACCGCGUCGACAAUCAUUGCGGCAGCUGGGGGCCACUCCGCAGAUCCAGACAAGAGGCUGGCGUCGCGAAGCUGUAAAACCGAGGCUGAACAUGAUGAGCGACGCUCCCGCCCCCCCCCCCUCCGAAAAAAACAAGCGGCACAUACAAAUACAAGCGGAGUUUGUGGAAAGCACGUGGACCGUCAUCCAAAACACGGGUUACGAUGUGUUGUUGUUUUCUCUCGUUCUCUCUCUCUCUCUCUCUCUCUCUUUUUCUCUCCCUCUCUCUCUCCCACAAGACCCACCAGCGGUCUUUUUUUGGUGAAGUCGCCAUUGGCUAGUCGCGUCACCGUCUUGUGGUAA